CGAUUUAUCAAGCGGGAGGCACGAGAUGGGGGUUUUAAGCAUAGCAGCUGAAGUGUGUCACAAGGAAUGAGAGUCAGAUCACCGUGAAAAACUAGCUCUCUAGUAUUAUAUAAACCUGCUUUUUAGUUAUUUUGGGGGAUUAUUUUGAAAAAAGAGAGAGCAUGAAGGGAAACUGAAGAAAAAGAAGAAAAAGGAAAAAAAGUUUCGGGAAGAAAGUUUGAGAAAGGCAGAGAAAGAAAGAAGCGAGAAUCGGAUUGGCCUCUCACGACGAAGUUGAGAGAGAAGGUGUGAAGUGAGUCACUAAGCGUUGUGCCUCUCUUUUCUUCUUCCUUCGAAUCCCUGUUCUCUGCAUUGGCUCAGGAUGACCUCUCCUGAGAUCCUUUCGUUCAUGGAGCUAGCCAUACACCAGGCGAGGUUAGCUUUGGAUGCUCUUGAAGUACCUGUUGGAUGUGUAAUUGUUGAGGAUGGCAAAGUAAUAGCCACAGGCAGGAACCGAACUACUGAGACACGAAAUGCUACAAGGCAUGCAGAAAUGGAAGCUAUAGACGUGCUUCUUGGGCAGUGGCAGAAAAAUGGACAUUCAAUAUCUGAAGUUGCUGAAAAAUUCUCAAACUGCAGUCUUUAUGUUACCUGUGAACCAUGCAUAAUGUGCGCAUCUGCUUUAUCAAUUUUAGGUAUAAAGGAAGUAUUUUAUGGCUGUUCAAAUGAUAAAUUUGGAGGGUGUGGAUCGAUACUGUCCUUGCAUUCAAGUAACACCACAACAGUCAAUAAUGAAGUUCCAUCAGGAAAGAAUUUCAAAUCUACUGGAGGUAUAAUGGCAUCAGAAGCUGUUUUUCUCUUUCGAACAUUCUAUGAGCAAGGAAAUCCCAAUGCCACACAGGCCUUUAGCACGUCAGACAUGAAGUGUAAUUUGUAUAUCACCGGGUUCCGUCAUUUCUGUGUACAAGGUUUUUGGUUAUGUAAAGCUGAAAGUUAUUUGUUACUAAUCCAUUGGUUUGAAUUUCUAUUUUGUCUUCUAAUAUUUGUUACUGUUGCUGAUAUGGUAUCUGUUAUGAACCGGGAAUCUGCUCUACCGUGGCAUAUUGAGCGGAUUCAAGCUGGUGUCGAAUGCCAUACAAUACCUUUCAAUUCGAAAAUCAACUUGAUGUAUGAUUUAAAACAAUUUCUAGAAAGAUGAAUCAUAUGUUGUCGUUCUAACUUAAUUCUUACUGGAGGUUCAAACUAGUUGCAAAAUGGAAUUGAAGCUAUUCAUUUUUGUUAAA